CUAAAGAGGAGCAGGAUUUCUAUGACAUUAAAAAUGCUGCUGCAGAGUUCUACAAGGUUCAAAGAAUCCCCCAGGAGAUGGAGAGAGCGCUGAACGAGCUUUUUUUACACAAACCGGAAGACGUCCACGGUUACCUGAUAUGCCUGUAAUAUCCUGAUUGGAUCUAAGGAGGACAGCCAGAGGUUUAAUUGCUAUCGCAAAUAGAAGAGGGCUCAAUGGGCAUCCUUGUCGUGUGGAGCAUGGCAAAUUACUUUGCAAACCUCUCUGCACCACCAAGGAUCAGCAGACUUCAGGGAAGGGAGGUUUAUGAUGCAGGAGGACAACUAUCCAUUGAGACCGAGGUAUUCUGUAUCGUCUGCAACAAGGAACAGAGCAUGUCUUCAGCUGCCAUAUCCAGCCAUUUAGGGCCUAAGGAGACUUCACUGGACUGGAAAGCUACAAUUCAGGAGACAGCUCAACAUGUGACGACUGCUGUCCAGUGGAUCAAUGGACCUCUGAGCAGCAUGCUGAAGAUCCAAAACCCCUGUGACCAAUCGGAAGUCGACCGUAUACUCAGCAAUUUCUUCAUGGCCUGCUAUCUGAAGGAGAAAGACAUCAGAAACAAGGAGGAGGAGAGUAAUUUACCCAAUGAUCCUGAGGUUGUGCUUCUUUCCCCAACACAUGUGCAGUCUAAAGACCAGAGGAGUGGUGAUAAAGGCAAAAAGAGCAACACCGCAGAGAAGCCACUUCCUUCAGCAGAGCCAACAGAACCAGUUCUACCUGGUAGCUUGGCCAUUGGCUCAGUGUCUCUGGCCGUGGCCAAAACUGGGGCACAAGUACAGGGUAUCCCUCUCUAUAAAUAUAUAGCAGCUCUUAAGAACACAAAGGCUCUGGCUCAGUUUCACAUUCCCGUCCCCUUGGUAACUUUGCUGAGCUGUGGGAAGAAUUCUCCUGGAAAACUGAAUUUACUGGAAGAAGUCAUCCUAAUCCCUAAAGUGGGACAACGAGUUAAACAAAUCAUCACAAUGACCCUUGAGUUACAAAAGGAGAUGAUGAAAAUAAUAAACACUUCAACAAAAACUGGGGCCACCCAGGCCAUUUUGUGUGACAGUGGAGCACCAGCUAUGAGCUAUGAGCGACCUGAGCAGCCUCUGGAUCUGAUCAUUGAAGCCUGCACUAACUUGGGACUGUCGCUGGGAGAAGAGAUCCAUCUUGCAGUAAAUUGUGCUGCCCCUGAGCUAAUGGACUAUUCUAAAGGAAAGUAUGAGGUUGCAUCAGGAGCUUUGAAGUCUCCAGAUGAAUUAGUGGAUAUGUACCAAACCCUAAUCAGCAAAUACCCAGCAGUGGUGGCCUUAAUUGACCCAUUUAGGAGAGAGGACAAACACCAGUGGGAGAAGCUGAGUAAUGGGAUUGGAGACUCAUGUUCGCUGCUUUCUGACAUCACCUACAAGUCAAAGGCCCCACCCCUUCCAGGAGUCAGAGGUCACAUCUUAAAAUACAUCAAUGAGACAACAGUCAGUGAUUUGAUCCACAUCACAUCACAGCACCACGGUAACAGAGCCACUGAGGCGGCUUCAGUGUUACUGGGAACAACAUGCAGAGAGCCCUGCAGUGAUUAUUCUUUGUCAGAUAUUGCUGUGGGUCUAGGCCUGGACUAUGUCAAACUGGGAGGUCUGAGCAGUGCUGAGAGGAUAACUAAAUAUAACCGUCUGAGUUCUAUAGAGGAAGAACUGGCCCAACAGGGAAUCCUGGUCUCCAAGGAGAAGCACCUGGCUCCACUCUUCACUGAAAAACCACCAGAACAGUCCACUACUGCAGAGAGUACACCGUCCGUCUGUUUCUAGGAAGAAAAUAUGUCUUCAAAUCUGUGUCAGUGGUACUCCAUUGUAUUGGACUUUCAGAAUUUAAUUCUAAACAAAGUGCAUUAAAGAAAUUUUACUAACAAUCAUAUAUGAUCAAUAUGAACCCAUUAGAAGAGAGAGUAAAUGGCUAAAGAUGACCUUUAAUAAAACAGUUUCUAGAAUA